AUGUCGUCCACAGAUUUCGCGUUAGGCCACUUCGUGCACACCUUGCUACUGGUGGUGAUGGUGCACUGGAGCAUCGCCGUCGACAACGCGCAUUGCAUCAACUCGGCCGAAUACAUCGCCGGCCUCUUGCAGUGCCUCUACUGCUUCACGCAGCUGUUCUUCAUAUUUAACUAUUCCAACUUGAUCAUCCUUAAACACAAAAAUAUUCUACGAGUAGCAUUCCUGCACGUGAUGGCAGGGAAUAUUUGCCUGUGGCUUGCAGCAGUUACCACAGAAACAAGAAUAGCAUUCAGAGCGUACGAAGCACUUAAAAAGAAUCAUACGGCUCACAAUGGCACAAACACUUGACUACUCCCAGAUACAGGGGACUUCAGGUGGGAAGAUUCUUGCAGACCGACUGCAUCUGCUGCAAGAAUCUUUGAUGGAUACUCUUCAUACUUGUACCCGUUCACAGUAGAGUUUAAUAUUUUAGUAGUUGGAAUCUUUUUCAUGGUGUGGAGGAAUAAAGACUGUAUCGUUAAGUAUGAAGACAACUUUGAGUAGCCGUAUUUAUUUGCUAUUUUUUUUUCUUAUAACAAGACAUGGGCUUAAUAAGGCAC